CCUAGUGUAACUGCCGUUGUUUCUACGCCUAAAGAUGGCUCAACUCAAGGCUAUUUCACCAGCUUCGUCCGUUAAUCUCGCUUCUUACGGCCCCAAAAGAAAUACAUUGUCCAGCCCUGAUAAUUUGAUCUGCUCCAGGAAGUUUUCGUCUCUCCGAGAGUUAAGUGGAAAAUCUAGUUCACUUCAUGGUCAUGCUAUUGCAAGCAACAAUGGUUCCAUCUCUAUAACACCUAAGAAACAAGGGAUUCGAGCUGUUUUGUCAAGCGACACAGGGACAGAAUCUUCCAAAGCUACAAAGGGUGGAGGACUGCGAGGCAAGUUAAACAAAGUUGUUUUAGCCUACAGUGGUGGCUUAGACACUUCUGUUAUUGUUCCAUGGCUGAGGGAGAAUUAUGGUUGUGAGGUUGUUUGCUUCACCGCCGAUGUUGGCCAAGGAAUAAAGGAGUUGGAUGGUCUGGAAGAAAAGGCCAAGGCAAGUGGUGCUUGCAAGUUAGUAGUUAAGGACUUAAAGGAGGAAUUUGUGAGAGACUAUAUAUUUCCUUGUUUGCGAGCUGGUGCCGUUUACGAAAGGAAAUACUUGUUGGGGACCUCAAUGGCCCGGCCGGUUAUUGCGAAGGCCAUGGUGGAUGUUGCAAAAGAGGUCGGUGCUGAUGCUGUUUCUCAUGGAUGCACAGGGAAAGGAAAUGAUCAGGUUCGGUUUGAGCUUACAUUCUUUGCUCUAAAUCCCGAAUUAAACGUUGUGGCUCCUUGGAGAGAAUGGGACAUUACAGGGAGAGAAGAUGCUAUUGAAUAUGCUAAGAAGCAUAAUGUGCCUGUUCCGGUGACAAAGAAAUCGAUAUACAGCAGAGACAGGAACUUAUGGCACUUAAGCCACGAGGGAGAUAUCUUGGAGGAUCCAGCAAAUGAACCUAAGAAAGAUAUGUACAUGAUGAGUGUUGACCCGGAAGAUGCUCCUAAUCAACCUGAAUACGUGGAAAUCGGAAUUGAUUCAGGCAUCCCUGUUUCACUUAAUGGAAAGACUCUUUCGCCGGCUUCUCUUCUCGCUGAGCUCAAUGAAAUCGGCUGCAGACAUGGGAUCGGUCGUAUCGAUCUGGUUGAAAACCGGCUUGUUGGUAUGAAGAGUCGCGGAGUCUACGAAACUCCCGGCGGUACCAUCCUAUUCAACGCCGUGCGUGAACUGGAGACUCUAACCCUCGAUCGCGAAACCAUUCAAGUUAAAGACUCACUUGCCCUCAAGUACGCCGAGCUAGUUUAUGCAGGAAGGUGGUUCGACCCCCUCCGUGAGUCCAUGGAUGCGUUUAUGGAGAAGAUCACUGGAACCACCACCGGUUCCGUUACUUUGAAACUAUACAAAGGAUCGGUUUGCGUAACUGGCCGGACCAGUCCCUAUAGCUUGUACCGGGAGGAUAUCUCCUCCUUCGAGAGCGGGGACAUAUAUGAUCAAGCCGACGCAGCCGGGUUUAUUCGCCUCUAUGGUCUUCCGAUGAGGGUCAGGGCAAUGCUUAAGAAGGGUAUCUAAGUGCUUUCUUUUUUGUACCAGUGUGUGGAAUUUCAGGGCUUAACUUAAUAGUGGUGUAUUGUCAAUGUAUCAAGUUUUGACACAUCAUUUGAAUUUCAGUUAUCGGUUUUAGAUUAA